CCAAAGUUUACUGUGGCGUUUUCUGAUAACGAACGAACUCUAGUGAGCCUUGCUUGGCGGGAACCGAUAGUAACUUCCAGUUAUAAACUAGGGAUGAGGUUUCUAUUCUGUCCUCAGUAUUGAUUGAGUCCUGUCAAUGCGUCUUGAAGUGCGCAGAAAUUCAAAUUAUCAGCUGUCAUUGUUUGGCCCAAAAAAGCCGUCAAUGUUUAUUUAUUGUAUGAAUCUCGUUUUUCAUUUUUGGUGAUUGGCAUAAAUGUUCAGGUUCGGAUCGGAUAGAAUGGCUUGCCGUUGCGGGAAUCGCUUGGUGGCUUGCGGGACAUGAAGUUCUUAUGCGGCUUACUACGACUGAAAGAUUAUCGCAAAGGCAAGGCCAAUUACGAAGGAUGGAUUUUAUUGUUACAUUCUUAAUUUUGUUGACGACCUUGGCCGUGCUAGUCGGUUCUCAACAAAACCACCCGUACACAUGUAACAAUCCACCCAAGCUUCAAAAGCAAAGAGCAGAUCUCACUCUAGGGGGAUUAUUCCCCGUCCAUGUUUACAAGACGGAAGAAAACCAAAGGACUUUGGUUUUGAACAAUUACGCGUUGACGUGGACUGAAGCGAUGUUGUACGCGAUAGACGAGAUCAACAAUGAUACCACUUUGAUACCCAAACAUGAACUUGGUUUUGAUAUCAGGGACUCUUGCAACGACGUGAGCAAUGCUCUUGGGGCAGCACUUGAUUUUAUAUUGGAAGCAGAUCGUAAUGAAUCUCAGGAGAAUUCGUCUUCUAGUCAGUGUAAAUGCGUAUCACGAUCAUCGCAUGUGGCGGUCAUAGGCGGAGCUGCGAGUCCGAUUUCGACGCAACUCGCUCAUAUUUUUGGGAUUGCUAACAUUCCACAGAUAAGCUACUCAUCUACAAGUGUCUUCUUAAGCAACAAGGAUAUUUAUAGGUCUUUUUUGAGGACGAUUCCUUCGGAUACGUACCAAGCAAAGGCCAUCGCCGACCUGUUGCUUAAGUUUGGUUGGACUUAUGUAUCUGUUGUUGCGUCUGAUAGCGAGUACGGGAGAGCGGGAAUGGAUGCUUUGAAAGUAGAGCUAAAAAAGCGCAGUAUUUGCAUGGCGGUUGAAUCGGUCUUUCAUCCUAAUCUAAAGAAACAAGAAUUAACUCGAAUUAUCACUUCGCUCAAGGCUCAUACACGCGCAAAAGUGAUCGUACUUUGGUGUCAGCGUCCCAUUGCUAUCGGCUUCUUAGAACAAGCCACAAAACUCGGCUUGAGCGGGAAAACUUGGAUCGGCACCGAAACUUGGGGCGAUUCGUAUUUAUUAUACAAGUUAAACCCAAAGACCGUUGGUGGAAUGAUAGGAAUGGUUCCAAGAUUGACUAAGCACUCUGGUUUUGAGGCGCAUCUAGCGAAAUUAGAUCCAGGAAACUCUAGGCGAAAUCCGUGGUUUGCCGAAUUUUGGAAUAACGAAUUCAAUUGCGAAAUAAUUAAUGCCGAAGGUGGGAAUACAAGUUUAUUUAAUGCCAAAAAUAACUUGCAGUUUGUCAGUAGCAAAGAGUACUAUGUGUAUAAGUCAAACACAGGUGAUAAUGCGACUAUUGUUUGUCCUAAAGACAAAGACAAAGGCAAACCAACUGCUUCUGUAUUACCUAGAAACAAAUACACCAACGUCAUGGAUGCUGUGAAUGCGGUUGUACAUGCUAUUGAAUCUAUGUUGAAAUGCAAAGAAGGGGAAGGAAUGCUACUGUCUGAAGGCAAAUGUCCUAGCACUUCUCCUACGAUAAGAACUAUUGAUCUUCUGGAAUAUAUGAAGAAUGUUUCUUUCAUGGGUCGAUCAGGUACCGAGGUCUCGUUUGAUAAAAAUGGUGAUCUGAAGUUCGGGUCCUAUGCGAUUAAGAUUCUACAGCCAGAAGAGGCGAAUCCAUCAAGUAUGGUAUUCAAGGAGAUUGGUUUUUGGGAUGGAGUGAACGGAAGUCUUGAAUUCAAAGGAGAAACGCAAUAUCUAUGGAAUGGAUGGGAGAAAGAAAUCCCUACAUCUCAAUGUAAUGAUCUGUGUUCUCCAGGGAAAUACUCUGUGAAUGGGAGCGUUACAUGUUGCUGGACAUGUGUUGAAUGUCCUGGUGGGUACGCGAAGGAAUCCCGCGGGCAAGGCCCCUGUACCAGAUGUCCCGAGGGAUACGAGUCUAAUGUUAAUCGUACGCGCUGUGUUAAGAUGACGGAAGUGUACAUGGAUUGGUCAAGCGGCCAAGCGCUUUGCGUAUCGAUGGUCUCAAUAUUUGGAGGUCUCCUUACGUUAACAAUAUUAGCCAUUUUUGUGAAGCACAGAGAAACUGCUCUUGUGAAAGCGUCGAAUAGAGAGCUUUCCCUGAUUCACCUCGCAGUGAUGUUCUUAAUAUUUACAUAUCCUUUAGUACUGAUCGGCAAACCAAAUAGAAUAGUGUGUGGAGUUCGACCCCUAUACUUCGCAAUCCUAUUCACUAUUAGCACGUCAAUCACCCUUCUAAAGACUGAUCGACUACUGCGCAUAUUCCGCGCCAAGAACAGGAUAUCUUCACGCAGUCACCUACUGACCAAUAAAAUGCAGAUCAUGACUUCUGUAGCGCUGACAUUCAUCCCAGUGGUAACCUGUUCGUUUUGGUAUCUGUUUCGACCACCUUCGGUAAUAGUCUUGAACUACAGCGAAAACAGCAGAAUCAUCAGUUGCAGCACAAGUGACGAUACUCUCUUAGUCAUCGUUUUGAUCUAUAUCCUAGGUCUUGCUCUAGUUUGUACGUAUUUCGCGUACAGAGCGAGAACGCUACCGGAGAACUUCAACGAAGCAAAGUUCAUCGGAUUCGCAAUGUUCUCGUUUUGUGUUUUUCUAUCAGGCCUUUUACCCGCGUUUUACAGCUCUACCGGAAGUAACAGAACGUUCGUGAAUUGUCUAGCCGUGUUGGGGCCCGCAUACGGAGUUCUCUGUAUAAUAUACUUCCCUAAAGUACGGAUAAUCUUGUUUUACCCCGACCAGAACAAGACAGAAGUAUUUCGUAUCAACGCUACGACAAUGAAUUUAAGAAGCAGAACAAAUUCCCCACCUGCUAACGUUCUAAGACCCUCGCCAAUAAAUUCCCCGCUUGAGGACCGUAGAGUCGUUGUGUCUUCUAUCGGGUCAAAGGAAGAGGCAGAAAUUAAUAGUGCAAGACUGAGCCCGUAUUUAGAUAAUCGACGAAUGACAGCGGUUACUGUUGGGAGGGGAACGACUUUUACCUAAUAAGGAAAACGAUCGUUUCUUGAGCCUGCGUGCUGUUCAGUGCACCAAGAAGUGAAAAGCGUCAAAGAGGGAGAGUCGCAGGAGUGGAAACGCCCCAAAGCGCUGACCAAUAGGAACGCAGAAAUUUGGUAAAAAGGAAUAAACGCUGAUACAUUUUGAUACGUUUUAUCUAAAAAUCUAAUUGUUAUCGCGGAAAAACUAAAGUGAGAGAGAGAUGAUGACUGACUGAUUGACUGCUGACUGACUGCUUGACUGAAUAAAUUCACUAAUCACCAAUAGAAUGCACACUCAUACCAUGAGCUUUGAAAAACUUAUCUAUAGCUUUACAGCCAUUCUUAAUCACACGCGCCCCCUAGCGAUUGUUUCUGUCGGGAGAAGGUUUUGGUGAACGUCAAUCACAAGGCGUUUACAUAACAUUGUCCUGUUGUCGGAAAACCGCACAAAGCUAUGAGGGCACGUGCCUAUGGAAUGUCAUGGAAACGCCUUGAUUGACGUCCACCAAAAGCUUCUUCUUCGCGACAGAAACAAUCUGAGAGCGGCGCGUGUGAUUGAGAUAGGCUGUAAAUGUUGUUAAGUUAAAUAAACUAAAAAUGGUAUUCAUCCUGUAUUUGUAUUGUGGAUACAUUUUACACAUCUUUAAUAUAAUCAAAGGAGUAUUCGCCCACACGCAACUCUAGAAUCACUUAAGAAAAACACACUUCUAAUGUCUUGGCGUCCAUAUGGCUACGAGAAUAUAAGACCACGCAAUCUUCUGACAAUCCCUUGUAAGUAGAAAUUUGAACAAUAUUUAAAGACUCGCCAAUCGCUUUGGCUCCAGUUAAAAAGAAGGUUUUGAAAACACUCUUACAAUUUCCAAGCUCGUUAAAAAAGAAAAAGCGUAAGACAAAACAGGCCUUGAAAUACGUUUGACUACUAAUAAUUACUAAGGACUCCAUACUCAAAUAUGCAUUAUGAUAAUGAAACAGGUAAAGAAACAUACGUUCAAAGAACCAGACGAUGUUUACAUUGACAAUACAAACACUUCAAACUUUUAUAGCAUUUCUAUGACACCGUCAAGUUGUCUGGGAAACAAACGAAAUUAAAAGAGGAAGGAAGCAAACAGGUAUCUGAGGAAGUAAGUAAUAGGUUGUAAUAAAUGAUAUUUUUAGGCUGUCAUACAAUAUGCCACUGCCCUUUCCAUUGUAACUGACAAGCCUAGUGUCUGAUACAAAGGAAGAAAUCAAACAGGUAACUGAGGAAGGUUGCAAUAAAUGACUGUAUAUUCUUAGGCUGUCAUCCAAUACGACUGGCCUUUCCAUGUUAACUCUCAAGUCUAGUGUUUUAGAAACAAACCAAUUUUGAAAUCAUAAGUGGAAGAAAACAAGCUGAUGUCUGUAAUAAAUGAUUAGGCUGUCAUCCAAUAUGGCUGCCGUUUCCGUG